AUGUCUCGUUGCUUCUCUUUCCCACCUCCAGGGUAUUUGAGGAAUACCGAUACCUUGAUCGAAGAAUCGAUUAAGAUCCAAUUGGAUACGGAGAAGCCCAUUAAAGGCAGGAAGGAGAAAAAAGACAAGAAGAAUAGGAAUGAGACUAAGGAGGAAAGGAAGUUGAGGAAGGAUAAGAAGAAGGAGAGGAAGGAGAAAAGGAAAAGGGAGGAAGAACAAGCUAAAAAAGAUUCAAAGCUCAAGCUUACGAAUGAAGUGACGGAGCCAAAAGACAAUGGGAAGUUGCAAAAGGGUGAAUAUUAUGAGAAUGAAUAUUUUGAGAAGAGUGAUAUUACAGAGGAACUUUGCAAGCCCGUCUCUUCUCCUCAAGAGCCUUACUCAUCUGACAGCUCUCAAAGCAGCAAGAGGAAGAGGGACACCUUGUUACCUAGCAAAGAUCAGGGAACAGGCUUUAGAAUUCGACUACCAUUGAGGAAACAUAGAGAAUCUGAAGAAGUUAAACAAGGAUUUAAAUUGGGUUCUUCUUCAAGAAGUGUUGGAAUUUCAGAUUCAAUUAUUCAGGAAACAAAAAGAGUUCAACUGCCAUUGAAGAAUGUUGAGACCCCAAAUAAGCUGGUUGGAACUUCUGCUUCCCAAAAUUGUAGGCCAAUAAUGAAAAAAGUUGAAGCUCAUUCUUCCUCCCAAGGUUUCAGACCACCGCCUAGAAGAGUUGGUACCCUCCUCCCUGGAAAUUCUGCUUCCCGAGUUUGCAGACCACCAGUGAAAAAAGUUGAAACCCUCUUCCCUGGAACUUCUGCUUCCCAAGUUUGCAGACCACCAUUGAAAAAAGUUGAAGCCCUCCUCCCUGGAACUUCUGCUUCCCAAGUUUGCAGGCCACUAUUGAAAAAAGUUGAAACCCUCCUCCCUGGAACUUCUGCUUCCCAAGUUUGCAGACCACCGUUGAAAAAAGUUGAAACCCUCCUCCCUGGAACUUCUGCUUCCCAAGUUUGCAGACCACCGUUGAAAAAAGUUGAAACCCUCCUCCCUGGAAAUUCUGCUUCCCAAGUUUGCAGACCACCAUUGAAAAAGGUUGAAACCCUCCCCCUUGAAAAUUCUGCCUCGAGGGAAGAAGCUACCCCGAAUCAGCACCCUGUAAGUUCUACCUCCAAAGUUUGCAGACCACCAUUGAGUAAAGACCAGUCACCUAGUCAGCUCAAUGUAAAUUCUUGUUCCAAAGUUUGUAGACCACCAUUGCAGAAAGAUGAGACUCGUAGUCUGCUCGAAGUUUCCAAACCAUUGAAUAGUUUGGAUCCACCUUCCAAGCCAUUGAAAAAUAAAACAGUUGACAAAGAAAGUCUAAGAAUGGAAUCUUUAUAUAAUUCCUUACUUAAAAUUCCUCCGGUAACGUAUUAUUUUGAUUCAAUGGAUCAAGAUUGGUUAUUUAGUUCUGCACUGACAGAAGCAAAGCCUGUAUCCAAGAAACAGAAGAUUGAUGAUGCCAUUCAGUGUUCAAAAUCUCUAUGGCCUUCUAGGGCUCAAUAUAUGCCCGAGGUUGAAAUGUAUGCUUUGCCUUACACAGUUCCAUUUUGA